CGCCCGGGGCUGAAGCUGCGCAGAAGAUGGUCCAGGCCCUGACCCUCCCACCCUCCGCUUCCCGUCCCCAAGCUCCGCUCUGCUCCCUGCCCCCUUCUCCUCCCCGCCAGCCCAGCUGUCUCCCCCCUCCCCAGCUCUGGACUCAGUUUCCUUCUUUCUGCCCACCCACUGGGGGGGCCCCCCCGGGGCUUCCCCCUCCCCGCCCUGGGGCCACGCCCUGGCGAGCGCUGGCGGCUGUGGUUUCAGCUCUCCUGGGAGGGUGAGCUGAGCUCCCCCGCCUGGCCUCGGGCCUGCCAGGGAGCUGCUGGGUGAGAGGGGGCUUGGGCACCAGCGAGGCGUCUCCCUCCUGCUGUGAAGCCCCUAGAGACCCUAAGGCACACAGAGGUGGCACUCCUCAGAGACUGCAAGUACAGACGGGCCCUGAAAGGUUUUGAGAACUGAAGAGGAACGUCACGAGGUUCCAGCCAGAAGGAGCAGCCUCCUCCCCUUAGGAUGGCCUCGCCCUCCAGCCCGCCCGCUUUCAGGCUCGAGACGACAGAUGGAGGCCAGGAAGAUGGUGCCCAGGUGGACAAAGGAAAACUGGGCGGUGGUGCCGGGCCGCCCCCCAUGGAGUCACCAUUCCAGGGCGAGGACCGGAACUUCUCGCCUCAGAUCAAAGUGAACCUCGGCUUCCGAAAGGGGGCAGGUGCCAGCCAGCCAGACCCGAACCGCUUCGACCGUGACCGGCUCUUCAGCGUGGUGGCCCGGGGGGUCCCCGAGGAUCUGGUGGGGCUACCAGAGUACCUGCGCCGGACCAGCAAGUACCUCACGGACUCGGAGUACACAGAGGGCUCCACGGGGAAGACAUGCCUGAUGAAGGCCGUGCUGAACCUUCGGGACGGGACCAACGCCUGCAUUGAGCCACUGCUGCAGAUUGACCGGGACUCGGGCAAUUCUCGGCCUCUGGUCAACGCCCAGUGCACAGAUGAGUACUACAAAGGCCACAGCGCCCUGCACAUUGCCAUCGAGAAGAGGAGCCUGCCGUGUGUGAAGCUCCUGGUGGAGAAUGGGGCCGACGUGCAUGCCCGGGCCUGUGGCCAGUUCUUCCAGAAGAAGAGCCAAGAGACCUGCUUUUACUUCGGCGAGAUGCCCCUCUCUCUGGCCGCCUGCACCAAGCAGUGGGAUGUGGUGACCUAUCUCCUGGAAAACCCGCACCAGCCCGCCAGCCUGCAGGCCGCCGACUCGCUGGGCAAUACGGCCCUGCACGCCUUGGUGAUGAUCGCAGACAACUCGGCCGAGAACACGGAGCUGGUGACCCGCAUGUACGAUGGGCUGCUCCAGGCGGGGGCCCGCCUCUGCCCCACGGUGCGGCUCGAGGACAUCCCCAACCUGCAGGGCCUCACGCCCCUGAAGCUGGCUGCCAAGGAGGGCAAAAUUGAGAUUCUCAGACACAUCCUGCAGAGGGAGUUCCUGGGGCCAUGCCAGUCCCUUUCCCGCAAGUUCACGGAGUGGUCCUACGGGCCUGUGCGGGUGUCGCUGUAUGACCUGGCCUCUGUGGACAGCUGGGAGGAGAACUCAGUGCUGGAGAUCAUCGCCUUUCAUUGCCAAAGCCCGCACCGGCACCGGAUGGUGGUUUUGGAGCCGCUGAACAAACUGCUGCAGGCGAAGUGGAAUCUGCUCAUCCCCAGGUUCCUCUUCAACUUCCUGUGUUACUUGACCUACGUGUCCAUCUUCACCGCUGUCACCUACCACCAGCCUGCCCUGGACAAGGACUUACUCCCGCUGGAAGUGACUGCUGGGAACUCCAUGCUGCUGCUGGGCCACAUCCUGUUGCUAGUCGUGGGGGCCAACAUCCUCAUGGGCCAGCUGUGGUACUUCUGGAGGCGCCGUCUGUUCAUCUGGAUCUCGUUCAUGGACAGCUACUUUGAAAUCCUCUUCCUGGUCCAGGCGCUGCUCACCGUGCUGUCCCAGGUGCUGCGCUUCCUGGCCAUCGAGUGGUACCUGCCCCUGCUCGUGUGCUCACUGGCGCUGGGCUGGCUGAACUUGCUGUACUACACGCGCGGCCUGCAGCACACGGGCAUCUACAGUGUCAUGAUCCAGAAGGUCAUCCUGCGGGACCUGCUCCGCUUCCUCCUGGUCUACUUGGUCUUCCUUUUCGGCUUCGCUGUAGCACUGGUGAGCCUGAGCCGGGAGGCCGAGGCCCCCGGGGCCCCUGCGGGCUCCAACACCACGGAGGUGGUGGGAAAGGGGGACAAGGAGGGCAGCACGGCCCCGUACGAGGGCGUCCUGGACGCCUCCCUGGAGCUGUUCAAGUUCACCAUCGGCAUGGGUGAGCUGGCCCUGCAGGCCCAGCUGCGCUUCCGCGGGGCGGUGCUGCUGCUGCUCCUGGCCUACGUGCUGCUCACCUACGUCCUGCUGCUCAACAUGCUCAUCGCGCUCAUGAGCGAGACUGUCAACAGCGUCGCCAGCGACAGCUGGAGCAUCUGGAAGCUGCAGAAAGCCAUCUCUGUCCUGGAGAUGGAGAACGGCUACUGGUGGUGCAGGAGGAAGAAGCAGCGGGCAGGUGUGAGGCUGACAGUUGGCAUCAGGCCAGAUGGUCGCCCCGACGAGCGCUGGUGCUUCAGAGCACGCUGCCGCCUCGGCCUCCCGGAGCCUCACAGCUGCCCUGUGGCCCGCAGGGUAGAGGAGGUGAACUGGGCUGCGUGGGAGCAGACGCUGCCCACGGUGCGCGAGGAGCCCUCGGGGCCAGGCGGCCCUGGCACCCUGAAGAAACCAGCCCUGGCCUCCCAAUCCAGCCAGGACAGUGCCGUGGAGGAAGACCAUGUGCCCCUCCAGCUCCUUGAGUCCCACUGAUGCAGCAGGGGGCCGGGAGGACAGAGCACGGAAUGUUUCCAGCCCCACCUACUGGCUCUGGGACCUCAAGGGACUUUGGUGGCAAACAUAAAUAAGUAAUUUCUUGUGGCUAACUCUCCUGGAAACAUUAGUUGAGUAAAGGUACUGGGCCCCAGGACUUCCCUGGUGGCGCAGUGGUUAAGAAUCCGCCUGCCAAUGCAGGGGACACGGGUUCGAGCCCUGGUCUGGGAAGACCCCACAUGCCGCGGAGCACCUAAGACCGUGCGCCACAACCGUCUCUAGAGCCCACGUGCUGCAACUGUUGAAGCCCACGUGCCUAGAGCCCGUGCUCCGCAACAAGAGAAGCCACCGCAAUGAGAAGUCCACGCACCGCAACGAAGAGUAGGCCCCGCUCAAUGCAACUAGAGAAAAGCCCGCGCACUGCAGCAAAGACCAACGCAGCCAAAAAUAAAGUAAAAAAGAAUUUUAAAAAAA